CUGUGCAUAACACACUUCUUUAUCUUCUCUAUUUUUUAUUUGCUCCUCUAAAUUAAUUAGUCAGCUUUUGUGAUGGCUUCUUUAAAGAUUAAUGCUAUAGUUGUUUUGUUUAUGCUAGUGAGCUUACUAAUUGGAAGUUCCUCAGCUCAGCUCUCAACUAAUUUCUACUCAAAAUCCUGUCCUAAGCUUUAUCAAACUGUGAAAUCAACAGUGCGGUCAGCUAUUAACAAGGAAACAAGAAUGGGUGCUUCUCUUCUUCGCCUGUUCUUCCAUGAUUGCUUCGUCAAUGGAUGUGAUGGAUCAUUGCUCCUUGAUGACACAUCGAGCUUCACUGGAGAAAAAAGGGCUGCUCCAAAUGUGAAUUCUGCUAGAGGAUUUGAAGUCAUUGACAACAUCAAAUCUGCUGUAGAGAAAGUCUGCCCUGGUGUCGUUUCUUGUGCUGAUAUAUUGGCUAUCUCUGCUCGGGACUCUGUUGUCACACUUGGAGGGCCUAAUUGGAAUGUAAAAUUGGGCAGAAGAGAUGCUAGAACAGCAAGCCAGGGUGCUGCCAACAGCAGCAUUCCUCCUCCUACUUCUAACCUUAACCGACUCAUCUCUAGUUUCAGUGCUGUUGGCCUUUCCACAAAGGAUAUGGUUGCCUUAUCUGGGGCACACACAAUUGGACAAGCAAGGUGCACAACAUUCAGGGCACGUAUAUACAACGAGACCAACAACUUAGACACAUCAUUUGCAAAAACAAGACAAAACAACUGCCCAAGAAACUCAGGCUCAGGUGACAACAACUUAGCACCACUCGAUCUCCAAACACCUACAAAAUUCGACAACAAUUAUUUCAAGAACCUUGUUAACAAAAAAGGUCUCCUUCAUUCUGAUCAACAACUGUUUAAUGGUGGAUCAGCUGAUUCGAUUGUGACGUCUUAUAGUAAUAAUCCCAGCAGUUUUAGUUCUGAUUUUGUGACUGCUAUGAUUAAGAUGGGUGAUAUUCGUCCACUUACUGGUUCUAAUGGAGAGAUUAGGAAGAAUUGUCGUAGGAGAAAUUAACUGUUGAUUAGUAUUAAUAAUUGUUGUGCAAGUGUGAAAAAUGUCAACUUUGACAUGUUUGCUUUUUUACUUUUUUCUUUUCUUUAGAAGUUUUCUUUCUUAAUAUGCAAGCUCAAUGUAUGUUACCUUGUUGAAUUUCAAAGCACCAGCUUUGUCUAGAUAAAGAACUGUAUUUUUAUCAUUAUUGGAAUAUUAUGUAUAAAUUAAAACACCCUUUUUGAUAGUUGAA